AUGGGAAAGUCACUGGCCUUGCCGAGCCAAGGGGAGACAAACUCUCCCAAGCAGAACGAGACAACUGCCGACACAGACCGUCACAAUGCAUCUUCCAAUCGCGCAGACGCCUCGAAGGUCGAGCCAUCUGAUACCGAGACUGCCAAACCUCUUGCUCCUCCGCCUCGGCCCAACCAGCAGAACGGGAAUACGCCCGACUACUUCACAACACAGAGCGGUGGCUCCCUAAGCAUGGAACCGAAUCCUUUUGAGCAGUCAUUCGGUGGCGCCCCAGAAACUCCUGGAGGCACCAAGCUUCCUUCGGUUGCUUCCUUGACGUCGCCGUCCUCGCUUCUCCCUGGCGGCGGGACAACUCCUUUCAACUGGGGAGGUGGUUCGUUGAGGACCGGUCCGCUCAGUCCAGCAAUGCUCUCGGGCCCGGCCGGCGACUAUUAUGCCGAUACCCAUCUCCGUGGCGGCUUUCCAACACCGAACGAGUCGUCUCUGCGAACAGGUUUGACGCCUGGUGGAAGCGGCUCGAUGUUCCCUGCGUCAAGUCCCAGCUCGCAGGCUCUCUUUGCGCAGUUGCAGAACGGCAGCGCAACCCCCAGCACGCUAGACUUCCAUCGCACAGCCAUCAACGCGGCUGUCGCAAAACGGGACCAGCAGGCCCAUCAGUCCGGUCAGCAGCACAUUGCGCCGCCGACGUCACAGCCAUCCAUCACGUCACAGCCACAAGAACAUCCCUCUAUCACAUCUGCGCCUGCGCCUGUACCAGCUGUAAAGGCUGAAUCCAAAUUGGCAAGUGGCCAGUACGAUCCCCACGACAAGGAUGCUGCCAACGGCUUGUAUCUUCUGGCUCAGGGUGGCAACGGUACGCAGGCGCAGGCUUCGUUUGCAGUUCCGCCGCCACCGCUGCAGGCGGCGGUAAUAAAGCACACGGCUGUCCCGGUGCCCAUUUCCGUGUCCGCAUCUGUCGCUGCGAUGCAGCCAGCACAAACGCCUGUAGCACCUCCACAGGACAACAGACAGCGGGCUCCUGCACACAACGGCGUCUCAUCAAUGAACGGGUCGUCGUCGCAUGCGGCUCCGACCACGAUGGGUAACGGCUCUGGCGGCUUCGGUCACGGGGCCAGUGAAUCUGGAAGCCCAGGGUCGGAGAAGAGCGAGACGCCCCGUUUCAACGGGAGAGGUAGGGGCAAGCGCAACUCAACUUCUGACGCAGGUGCUGCAGCAAACGGUAGGCGGAAAGCACAGGAGAUGGCGACGAAAAACAGUCCGCCUAGCAAGCGAGCCAAGACCAACGGCUCGCCAUCUUCUAUGGAAGACGAGGAUGGCUACUCCGACGACGAGGAAGACAAAGACGGGCAGCCAAAACAGAAGAUGACUGAAGACGAGAAGCGCAAAAACUUUCUCGAGCGAAACAGGGUCGCUGCUCUCAAAUGUCGACAGCGUAAGAAGCAAUGGCUGGCAAGCUUGCAGUCAAAAGUGGAGCUCUUCACCUCGGAAAACGAGUCUCUCACUACGCAGAUCACACAGUUGCGUGAGGAAAUCGUCCACCUCAAGACACUUCUGCUUGCCCACAAGGACUGCCCGAUAACGCAGCAACAAGGCAUGCAUGGUGCCUUUGUCCAGCAGUCGAUGGAACCGUACAACGGCGGUCAGCUCAACCCGUACAGCAUGGCGGCGACAAUCUCAAACCAGCAGGCCAUCUCGGCACAGGUCGACCAGCGGCGGUUCUCUUAG